AUGGCUUCGGACGACAGCGCCCGCGACCACGGCCUCUUGCAGCUACCUGACGGCAGCUCAAUGAGUCUUCUCUACUUGCCGCCAGAGUACCGGUCGAUUCGGCACUACUGCCCACGCGUCGGCAAGGCGCUCGUCUACUAUAUGGCCAGCGUCAUGACCUUUGGUAUCUUGCCGCUGCUCGCGCACUGGUGGCCGCGACUGUACGCAGCGGCCAAGCUCUGCGUAGCGUCCACGUCGAGCGACUUUGUCGCGACCGACCUUGUGCUCCUCGAAGCCGAGGCCAGUCCCGGGACGUUCGACCUCGUGCCACUGCGCGUGUCGCCCGACGGCAGCGUCUCGUUCGAGUACCGAAAGAACCGGUAUCUGUACGACAAGGACCUGCGCGAGUUUCAUCGACUCAGCGCGUCGGUCGAGCAGUUGCCAGUGGCGACGGCGCUUAGCCGCCUGUCCCGAGGCUGGGGCGAAGACAGCGUCGCGACGCUUCGCGAGACGUUUGGUUCCAACGGCAUGGACCUCGGCGUGCUUCCUAUCGAGCGAGUGCUUCUUCAAAAGAUGCUGCACCCGUUCUACGUCUUCCAAGGUGUCUCGGUCGUGCUCUGGCUCAUUGAAAUGUACUAUACGUACGCGAUUCUCAUUCUCAUUAUGAGUCUCGCCUCCGUGAUCUACGAAGUCGCGACCCAACUCAUCAACAUGCGCAAGCUCCAAGCACUCGUGCACAAUGACGCAGUCGUCCGUGUUGUUCGGGACGGUGCCGUCACCGGCGUCCCCGCCGACGCCCUCGUCAUCGGCGAUGUGGUCUUGCUGGACACGGGUCUCGUGCCCGCCGAUAUGGUACUCCUGCACGGCGACGGCACGGUCGACGAGUCGUCGCUCACGGGCGAAGCGAUCCCGGUGCAGAAGCAAGCGCUAUCCGAUUCCGCCGUGGUCCUCGGACCACACCUCGUCGCGACAAAGAAGGAGUCGGUGCUGCAUGCCGGCGCCGGUAUCGUGCGCCAUACGCCAAACGCCAAAGGACUCGUCUUGGCCACGGGCUUCUCCACAAGCAAAGGCGAACUCUUUCGGUCCAUUGUGUGUCCCAAGCCGGUGCAGUUCCAAAUUGAAGCCGACACGUACCGGUUCCUAGCCGGUUUGACUGUCGUUGCGGUUCUUGCCGGGAUCCAAAACGCCAUUGACGCGGCGGCGGCUGGCGUCGUCUGGUGGCGCAUCCUCGUCUCGUCGCUCGACCUCAUCACGAUCGCCGUGCCGCCAGCGUUGCCCCUUAUUCUGACCGUUGGCGUCGGCUUCUCGCUCGGACGGCUGCAGCGCCAGCGCAUCUUUUGCAUCGACGCGCCGCGCAUCAACCUCGCGGGCCACCUCGACUGCUACUGCUUUGACAAAACCGGGACCCUCACGACGGACGAGAUGGUCUUUGAUGGUGUCGACAGCCUUCGCAGUCGUCCGCACCGUCGCUCGUCCGACAGUAUCGAACCCGUGCAUAUGGCGCCGCCGUUGCUUCGCACGGGCCUCGGGGUCUGUCACAGUGUCGCGUGGCAAGUCGACGGCGUCACCGGCAGCCCACUCGAGCGCGAAAUGCUCGACGCGUCCGGGCACCGACUCGUGUCGUCGUCCGACAUUCAGUGCGACGCCACCGGUGAUCUCUUUGAACGCCUCCGGCAAUUUGCGUUCGAUGCAAGCGUCCAGCGGUCCAGCGUCGUGGUCCGAAACAAGGCCACCAACGCGCUACGAGUCUACACCAAGGGCUCGCCCGAAGCCGUCGCUGCCAUCUGUGUGCCGGCGUCUCUACCGCCGACGUUUCGAUCCAGUGUCGACCAGUAUGCCCGCGACGGCUACUACUGCCUCGCCCUCGCCUACCGCGACAUCGACGCUUUACCGGCGGACGCCCAGCGCCACACGGUCGAAGCCGACGUGCACUUGCUCGGACUACUGCUAUUUCGGAACCCGAUCAAAGACGAAGCGUUCGAGGUCAUUCGGACGCUGCAGCGGGCGGCCAUUGACAUCCGCAUCAUCACGGGGGACAAUGCGCUCACGGCCAUUCACGGUACCGUGGCAACGAGGACAUACAUCGGUCAUCACGACGCUAUUAGUGUCGCGCAAACUGCAGCUGCUAGUUCUGCAUCUGGCCACCCACCGACGCCAUUUGUGACUAGUCACCUCGAGCGAGGCGACGUGGCGGUAGGUCUCGCGUCGGCGUUCGAGGCGUUGCGACGGAGUUGCGUAGCUCACGGGGGCUGCCCUCGAAGCGCUGCAGACGGCGCUGCCCCCGACCGACGUGCACGCAAUAGUGCUGCAAACCAAGAUCUUUGCGCGCAUCCGUCCGGAUCAAAAGACGUGGAUCAUCGAGCAACUCAUCGGAGCCGGAAAACAUGUGGGCAUGUGCGGCGACGGUACCAACGACUGCGGUGCCCUCAAGGCCGCCCACGUCGGUCUCGCGCUCUCGGACGCCGAAGCGUCGAUUGUGGCCCCGUUUACGAGUCGCGACAAGAACAUUCGGGACGUCGUGACGCUCGUGCAGGAAGGGCGGUGUGCGCUCACAACCUCGUUCCUUGCGUUCAAGUACAUGGUCAUGUACCCCGUGUCCAAGUCGUCUUGACGUCGACGCUAUAUGCAUCGAUGAUUUCGCUCGGCAACAACCAGUUUUUGCUCGACGACAUGGUCAUCGUGCUCGGUCUCUCGAUGCUAAUGCUCCAGACAGGCCCGUCGCGGGUUUUAACCCGCCACCGUCCACCUGAUACGCUCUUUGCGCGCCCAAUCGUGGCGUCCCUCGGCGGCCACGUGUUGUUGUAUGUGCUGUGCUUUACGCUUCUCCGACUUGUGUUGGUCGCCGAGCCGUGGUAUUGCACCGUCGACGAGGCCAAGACGCGGGCGCGGGCGUCGUGCUUCACCUACGUCGCACCGGACAACGACGGGUACACAAGGCAGUCGUACGAGAACACGGUGCUGUGGCUCUACGGUCACUGGGCGUUUGUGCUUUUGGCGAUCGCGAUGAACAUCAAGGACCCGUUCCGGCAAUCAGCGUGGAGCUCGAACCGCCCGUUUGUCGCCUAUGUUAUAGCGAUGGCCUUCCUACUCGUGCUGUUGACGCUCACGUCGUCGCCCACUGUCUUAUCGAUAUUCGAGCUGGUCGGGGUCCCCGCCGUGUUUCGAUGGGAGAUUCUCGGUGUCGUCGUUUUUCACGGCGUCGGCGCCAUCGUGUGGGAGCGCUUUGCGACGCGACACCGCGCUAUAGACGAAGACGCACCAGCGUUGACGUCGUCGCCCAUCGUGGUCUAA